AUGUCGGAAUACUGGAAAUCUACGCCAAAAUAUUGGUGCAAGCACUGCUCUGUCUAUGUUCGCGAUACGAAACUCGAGCGAGCGAACCACGAGGCUACGGGAAAGCAUCAAGGCGCCUUGAAACGAUCAUUACGAGACAUCCACCGCAACCACGAAAGAGAAGAGCGCGAAAAGGAGAGGGCUCGGCGAGAGAUUGACAGACUCAAUGGCGUCGUUGGGUCAUCUUCGGCCGGUCCUUCGGGAUCAAGAGCACCGACGAAAGAAGCGACGGAUUCUCAGUUAAAGUCCCAGCGGGAGCAGCUGGCUGCCUUGGGAGUUUCCAUGCCCAGCGAUUUCCGACCAGAGAUGGCCAUGCCUGGAGAGUGGACAGUUACGAAGACGACUGUUGUAGAAGAAAAGCAAGAGCCAGACGGCGAAAUCAAGAUCGAGGCCAAAGCAACCGGCGUCAGGAAGCGCGAAGAGACAGAAGACCAGAAAGAAGAGGAGGAAGCCAUGAGAAGUCUUUUCAAGAAACCAAGAAGAUGGGGCCGCGACUCCAAGACCAUGCCAGACGAUGAAGACGAAGGCCUGGAGGCGCUGCUAAGUACGACGGUACCGUUGAAAGCCGAACCAGCUGAGCAAGGGGACGGGGUGAAGAAGGAAGAAGAUGUCGACGGCGGUGGUGAUGCUGACACAAAGCUACCGAAAGAGGAAGAUAGCCCUAUCAAAGCUGACCCCGACGCCGAGACGCAAGAUCUGAAGCAAGGAGUCAAGAAAGAUGCCAUUGUAAAAGCCGAAGAGGAAGAGGAGACAAGCGGUAUAACUCCGGUGGUGUUCAAGAAGCGAAAACCCAAGGGAAUCCGAACAAAGUAG